ACUUGGUGGAAAUGCAAAACCAGCCUUAUCGAAUUGCUGCUUAAUUUCCCAGUAAAAAAAUCUCUCUUUCUUACCAAUGUAUAUAUAGACAAAGGCCUGAUUUUAGAUUUUCUCACAUAUCUCUUCAUUACAAUUAAUCUCUGACAGGUCUCAAGUCAGCGCCACAGCUCUUUGUUAUCUUCUCUCCUAGUGUUCCUUCUGUAUAUCUCUCCUUUCUUCAUAGAACAUAAAUAAUCGUCGAUGAGUGAAUUCUACAUGGAGAAGUGGGAUUUGCAAGCAGUAGUUGGAGGAAGCAGCAAUGAUGCGUGUAUCUCCGAUAUUAUGGAAAACCCACAAUUCAGUUUUGAAUGUCCUUGGAGUUCUCAACAGGAAGAUCUUACGAGUUUCCCAGAAAUUUUUGAAACGAACCCUCAAGUUUUGGAUGAGUUGGAGGAAAUUUACAAGCCUUUCUAUCCCGAGUUAAAUCCAUAUUCCACACAAACCAUCGUUACCAGCUCCCUACCUGUCCCCCAGGAUGUGGAAGAACCAGAGAAACAAAAAAAGCGGCAAUCUAUUUCUGAUUCUGCUAUGUCUGGUACAAAUAAACAUUCAGCCAAACCUAAAAGAUCCAGCCGGAAGAAUCAGCAAAAUAGAGUAGUGCAGCAUGUAACAGCUGACGGUCUUCACUCGGAUACAUGGGCUUGGCGAAAAUAUGGACAAAAACCCAUCAAGGGGUCACCGUAUCCAAGGAGCUAUUAUAGGUGCAGCAGCUCAAAAGGAUGCUUGGCAAGAAAGCAAGUGGAGCGUAGCAGUUCGGAUCCUCGCAUUUUUAUUAUCACCUACACCGCUGAGCACGGCCAUGACCACCCAACUCGUCGAAACUCGCUUGCUGGAAGCACUCGCAACAACUCAUCAACACUACCCAAACUUCUUGCCAACAACAAUGAACCCCAUGAGGCAGCAGGAACAACUCCAACAACCACUGAAGAUGAGGCUGUGCAACAAGAGAGCGUAAAGAUGGAGGAAUAUUUACAAAUGCUUGAAGAUGGUGAUCACGGGGACAAAAUUCUCACGCCAGACAUCAUGUUGAGUGACGAAUUAGUUCAAAGCUCAGAGAAUUUUGAGGGUCUCUUUCUGGACCAAUUUCCCGAGUUGUCUUAUGAAUUAUGGUCCAUGAAUGAAUCUGCAACCUUAACCGGCGGUUGGUGAAUAUUAGUCUUAGCCUCUUAGGUAGCUAGACCAGACCAGGCACAAGCCAUGCUGCAACCAAAUUGCACUUCUCUAAGAGGCACAGUCGUCUUUUGUUUUUUGUUAUAUUUCGUUUUCAUAUAGCCUUUCCUUUUUCCUCUUUCUGCUUCUGUAAUCCAUCUUACAAGAAGUAAUUGCAUAUAUCAUAGUGAUAAUCGAUUAAUAUAU